AUGGCCGUGGUGGGAGAUAGAAACGUCAUUGUUGUGGCUGAGAGAAAGGGGAGAGUGGGGAGGGAGGUCAGGAUGAAGGCAAAUCCUGGUCAUGUGCGGUGACUUCCUUGCUGUUUAAGCAGGCACACCUGCUGGUCUGGCCUGGACUCAGUUUACUACUUGAAAAGCAGAGAUGAUAAAAGUUCCCAUUUCAGUGGAUUGUCAGGAGGACUAAAUGACACACAGCAAAUGCUCCAUUACGUUGGGUGGUAACUUAUGGUCCAUCCACUGGGCAAGAAGGCUUUGUUGAGCAUCUGCUUUGAGUUAGGCCCCUGUCAGUGCCCGGUGCAAAGUCAAGAAGCACUGGCGCCUACCGUCCCCACUCCCCUUACGCUCCCACUCCUCUUCCUGGUUUCUUGUUUUCUUCGGAGUGCUUCACCCCUGCGACUUCUGCACUGCUCGCUCGUUCCAGGCACUUUCCAGGCACUGAUCUCCACUUUGUCCCGCCGGCAGUAACUGGAGCCGGCCUUCGCACGGAGUGUGCUUCUUAGCCGCACCGCAGCUGGGCGGGCCGGGUCGGGCCUCCGGACCCGCGGGGUCGCGGCGAGGAGCCUCUCUCGCCUGGGAAAGGGCCCGUGAGCUCUUCACAGUUAGGACCUGAAGCCGCCUUAGGCGGAAAUGGCUGCGGGAGUGUUUGUUGGCACCCUAAUUGCCACUAACGACACUAAGCACCCAGGGGUCCCAAGAGCAAAGGGCUCGCCCCAGCCCCAAGCCAAGCUGUGGAAGAAACAGCAGGUCCUUUCCUUCCCACUGCCGCACCCCCGCGGCCUGGACCUCGGCCGGAAGUCGGAGGGCCUGAGGCGGAAGGGGCGGGACCGGAAGCCACUUCCCGUGAGUGUGCCACGUCAGAGGAGGCUGUGGCCGAGCCGGUGACGGAUCCCUGGGUCGGAGCUGGACGGGAUGGCGGACUGGGCUCGGGCUCAGAGCCCCGGCGCUGUGGAGGAGAUUCUAGACCGGGAGAACAAGCGGAUGGCUGACAGCUUGGCUUCCAAGGUCACCAGGCUCAAAUCGCUGGCCCUGGACAUUGAUAGGGACGUGGACGACCAGAACCAGUACCUGGACGGCAUGGACACGGAUUUCACGAGUGUGACGGGCCUCCUCACGGGGAGCGUGAAGCGCUUUUCCACGAUGGCACGGUCUGGGCGAGACAACCGGAAGCUUCUGUGUGGUAUGGCCGUGGGCCUGAUCGUGGUCUUCUUCAUCCUCUCCUACCUCCUGUCGAGGGCAAGGACGUGAGCCAGUGGGAGCUGUGGCUUCUGCGGGUGCCUCGGGCCAGCACGGUCCGCCUCUGCAUGGCGUCCUGGGCCAGAGGACUUAACGACAAAAUACUCCUUUGAAACGAUGAUUGUGCGUUAGGAAUCUUGUUCCUGUGUGGCUGGGAGCCUCUGACCCAGUGAGCUUGUGUUAGCUGGUCGCACGUGUGCAAGGGGCCCAUCUUCAUGGGGUGGCCAAGGCCCACCUUCUCCGCCACCUUGGGUGCUAGAAGCCCCAGCAGAGCCAGGUCCAAGCCGAGCAGCUGGGAGUCCUGGACACGGCCACCUGUGCACGGCAGCUCCUCCCUGGCCCUCGGGUUUCUGAACAUCUCAAGGCUCUUCUACGCUCUUCUUGUCUGCAUAAGGCCACGUCUGGUGUGUGAGAUGCUUGGAGCUGACGCAGGAGGGGGUGUGGCGGUGAACCUCAGGCCAUUGCUGUCACCUGCAGCCGAGUGUUCUCAACCCGGAGAUGGCCGUUGCUCCUGUCCAGAGCUGCUGGGCAUCCGCGGGCCAGUGAGAGUCAAGGGUCCUGCCGAGAGGCCUCUUCCUGCCUUCCAGUCCCACCGCUGAAGCCCGACCCUCAGGGAAGGAAGGGCAGGGGUUGUGGAUGGAGUUGGGAACUGCAGCCUUCGCUGAAAGCAUGGGGCUCGCAUUCUGGUGAUCUCCCAGCCAUGUAUCCAGGUGCAGCAAGUGAUAUUUUCUCACGAUUCAAGAUGUAUCCAGCACCAGAGAUCUAUUUCCAGGAGAACAGAUCUCUAGAAACAAGUCCAUCUGGCAUUUCAGAGUCAGGCAGGGUGUGAGGAGGGACUUUUGUGGGUAUAGACAGGAGGCUUCCAAGUGGGGACUCUUCAUAGGACCUAUGGGUCAGUCUCUGAGGUCAGCGGGCAGUUUCCCCCAAGCCCGGCCCUUCCACUGCAGUGUCUGCCCACCAGUAAGGACUCUUCAUAGGACCUAUAAGUCAGUUUCUGGGGGUCAGCGGGCAGUUUCCACCAAGCCCGGCCCUUCCACUGCAGUGUCUGCCCACCUGUCCCUGGGCCCUCGGCGCCCCCUUGGUCAGUCCCCUGCUCACUCGAACCUCGAACUGAACCACAGGCCCAGCCAGACCAGUGGCUUCUUACCCCACUGAGAUCCCAGUAUCCUUGUCUUCACAAAAAACACUGUAAGAAACGAAUUGCCGGCUCUGUGUCCUUCCCUGCCCUCGUUCCGACCUUCUGGGUUCCUGGUCAGCCCCCUUACUCCCUGAGGACUGCCGGCUCCCUGCCCGCCUCCCUGCACGCUCAUGCCACGCGUGGUCGCACGCGUCAGCCACAGCUCCUGCCACCCCGCGUUGCUGGGCUCUGGCCCGGGCACCUCGCCUCUGGUACCGCUUCUCCCCUCGUUCUCCGCCCAGCAGGCUGGCUUCUCCUCGCACGCUUGCCUCGGUGCCCUCUCCCUGCCGCUGCACCUGAGACCUGAGUGCGCCGUCUCCCUCCAGCGUGUGCUCGUGUCUCCCCCCGUGACACUGCCUUGCUUGUCUCCGUGUCUCUGGGCCUUGGCUGUUUCCCUGUUCUCCUGGACGUUCCUUCACAGGCCUCUGUGGUCUUGCCUUGAUCCCCAGCAUCCCGUGUACCCCGGCUGCUCAUCUCACAUUGAACCUUGUCACGGGGACUUGUCUUCUGGUCACCGAGCUCAACAGCUGCUGCCUGUGCAGUGUCUCCAUCUGGUCGCCACAGGCCCUGCAGAUACACCCAGACCUGAGCUCUGUGGCCCCCACCUUUUCUGGGCCCGCUAACCUUGCUUCCUGAGAACGUGGCUUGGCCAUGGCAGCCACCCCCCCCCAGAUGCUUUUAUGUGGUGUGCCCCCUCGUCUUGCCAA